AUGUCAACAGCCAAGCAGCGGUACGAUGCAGUUAGGCCGAGGGAACGAGUGGAGUUCGGUGGCUAUCGCUUCGUAAUCCCGUCAUUGAAUUUCCAAAUGCCAAAGUUUUUGUGCUGCAAUGGAAUUCAUGAAGGAAUUAUGAGUGAACAUCAUGACGAGAACAGUUUCGAUCUCAACGAGUGCGUUAGCGAGGUAGAGGAUACUUCGAUGUAUAUAAUUUUUAGUAUGUUUUCUAUCAAUCAGGGAACAUUGGAACAUUUAGUUUUUCAAGGUUUUGUCUUUAGGAUGCUAUGUGAUAUAAUGUUAUUGUGCUUAGAUAUGCAUGGUCAAUUCCGGGGAUUUUUGAAAGACGACAGUGAUGAGUUUGAAGACGACGUGGCAGCACUUGGUGAACCGCUUGGACAAGAGGUUUAUAGGACAUUGAAGGAGAAAUUUGGCUUCAAUUCGUUUCGACAUCGUCAGAAAACGACGAUCACUGCAAUUCUGUUAGGACACGAUGCAUUUGUGCUUAUGCCGACUGGUGCUGGGAAAAGUUUGUGUUACCAGUUGCCUGCAGUACUCUCUGAUGGAGUCACUGUUGUCGUGUCACCUCUGAAGUCACUCAUUGAAGAUCAGCGACUGAAAAUGAGAGACUUGGGGAUUCCAUGCGAAGCACUGACGUCCGAUUUGAGCCUAUCUGACCAGACGGUGAUUUACAAUCGACUAAUGUGUUCACCACCCGACAUUAAGUUGCUAUACAUUACACCCGAGAAGAUUAGUGCGUCCGGACGACUGGCAUCAGUGUUUGGAAGCCUACAUCGCCGUAACUUCCUUGCUCGGUUCGUGAUCGACGAAGCGCAUUGUGUCUCGCAAUGGGGCCACGAUUUCCGCCCCGACUACACAAAGUUGCAGUCACUGCGUCGCGAUUACGCUGAGCCAAAGGUGCAAAUAGUUGCUUUGACGGCAACCGCCACACCUAAAAUCGUCGCAGACACGCGUGAUCAUCUCGGAAUAGGAGAUUCGAAGUUAUUUAUUAGCAGUUUUGUGAGAACUAAUCUCACUUAUGAGAUCGUGCUGAAGGCGGCGAAAACAUUCAUAAACGUCAUUCAGAAAAUGACACAGCUUUACCCGGGAAAGGCUGGAAUUGUAUACUGUUUGUCGAGGGAAGAGUGCGAAAUGGUUUGCACGUCGUUAACUAAUGCCGGCCUAAAUGCUGAUGUAUACCAUGCUGGUCUUCCCGACAAAGCCCGAUUACAGGUUCAACAUCGCUGGCUGCGGAAUACUAUUAAUGUGAUAUGUGCGACGAUCGCUUUUGGUAUGGGUAUCGAUAAACCAGACGUGCGAUUUGUAAUUCAUUACAGUCUGCCUAAAUCGAUCGAAGGUUACUAUCAGGAAACAGGUCGAGCCGGACGGGACGGACAACCAGCAUAUUGUCUUUUAUUGUAUAAUUAUCAGGAUGCCAUUCGCUUGCGAAAGAUGAUUGAAACACCAGCAAGUGUUCGAGCAAUGCAUCUGCAGAAUAUCCACCAAAUUGUGUCGUACUGUGAGAACGUCUCCGUCUGUCGAAGGAAGAUACUUGUAGAGCAUUUCGGAGAGGUCUACGAUGCACAAAUGUGCUUAAAAAGCAAUACUCCGUGCGAUGUAUGUCAACGCCUGAAGCGAAAUCCUGAAGGAGUAAAAUUGUUCGAUGUGUCUGAUGAAGCAGUACUUAUUCUCACAGCGAUGACGAAAAUGAGAAAUAUUACCUUGAGGUAUUUAGCGGAUUUGUUCCGAGGGCAGUUGGGUAAGAAAGCUGCUGAGCAGGCAGCUCGUCUCGGGCACACAGCGUUACCUUUCUACGGCAGAGGUGUCGGCAUGUCUGAGCAGGACGCUUUACGUUUCAUGAGAAAAAUGGUUGUAGAAGGUUAUAUCGUAGAGCGACUAUAUAGGACAAAGUUCGAGAGCACUGUGGCCUACGCUGAGCUCACUAACAAAAGUCGGCAGGCGAUUAUGGGAGGUGCAAAGCCAAAGCAGUGUCUGAAGCACAGGCGCUCAAAGAAAAGUUCUCUUUUGUUUAGCAUGGUUCGAUUUUUUCAUACAGUUGUGGCUACAGUAGUGUGUUUAAGGCAUAUGGUAAAGUAUGGGGAUGUAUUUGCGCGAUGUUUACAAUCUCUAACUCAACUUGUGACCGAGAUUGCUGAGGAAUGCAAUUUAUCGGGACCGUACGCAGUAAUUUCUCAGGACGGACUCGAGCAGGUGGCUGCACUCCUUCCGCGAACAAACUCAGACCUUGUGCAAGUGGAUUCUAUGACUUUACGGAAAGUGGAAAAAUAUGGUGCUCGAGUAAUGGCCACUUUGAAACCGUUCUGGAAAGAGGUGGACGGUGAGAUUUGUUUGCUGACUCCGGUCGGAGGCGCCCUGCAACACGCGUGGAAUCGAUGGUUGCCCCCAUGGCCCACCAAACCUUCCAUUCCUCGGGGCUCGGUUAGUCUGGGAGGAUAA